AUGCAUGUUUCCGAAAACGGCGGCAACGACUUUGACGCAGUGCGGCUUUUCACUGAAGAUGUGCAAUACGACGAAUUAUUCGAUUUUGUGCUGAAUUCUCACGGAAGGAGAGAAGAGGUCGGUUUUGGGAGAUGUGGGGAUGGUGGUAAUGAGUUUGAGGGGAAAAUUGCGAUGAUCGGGGAAGGUGAUGGCCCCCCUACUAGAACGACGUCUGGGCCAUUUUAUGAAAGUGGAAGAUGGAUGGAGGGAGGGGCAAGGCUGUGCGGGAGUGGCAAGGACAAUACCAAGGGAGUCAUUAGGCCAGACACUAGUACGGAGGGGCAAAGGAGCAGCAGCAAGUCCAACAUGAGGGGGGACGACACUAGUAAGAGUAGCAAUAAUGUUAGGAAGAGCAGCUGUAGCAACAAGCCCCGGACAGACAGCAUUACCGGGAGGACUGUCAGCACCAGUACCACUCCGACUGCGAAGCCAUUUGCUGCAGGUCCGAACGAUCAGUAUGCAAGGAGAUCUUGGCAAAAUUCGCCUGCUCUACGGCUUUAUGCUAUAGAUGGGCUGGAGAAGCCGUCUAAUGCAGAUACAAAUAAUGCCGUCCAACCAAACCAGCUCUUGCAAGGUCAAAAUCCUUCGCUCCCACUCUCCACACUCACACUGCCAUCCUCACUACACACUCCACCAAAAAUGGCGGCCCCGCCUCUUCCACUUCGGGCCACUCACUCAGCACCAACGAAAAUCAUGCACAUGCACACCUCUGCCCUCUAUAAGGACAACUCCCUGUCUGGCCAGAAGCCCAUGAAACCCCCUUCUUACCGUCUAAAUUGCCUUUGUGCUUCUUCCACUACUCCUUCCCCCUCCUCUUCUGCUUCUGCUCGUGCUUGUGCAUGUUCCGAGGGAGAUCCUGGCUGGGAUUGCGAACUCGAGUCUACAGCACCGACUACUCCUACCGCAUCUCUUCCUACCCCUACUUCUGCAUCCGUUGCCACUCCUGCGAGCCCGACUUUAAUACCAGAAUCGAACGGCAGCGCAUCGACUUCAGGGAUCAGCACCCCUACGCCACACUCCUCCACUUCCCUUUCUCAUAGAGAGUCGAUUAUAGGUGCCAACGCUGGAGUUUUGCCCACUGAUCCCGUUGAAAAGCGAUUUCGUUCCCUUCGGCGCCGCAAAAGCCGUGAUCUGCACCAAGCCAGGAGAGCUUAUUUGUCAAUGUCAAUGACGACUGCCACAAGACUGGGGGACGCUCCCCAGCAGCUACACCCGCAUCACACCACCAAUACAACCAACUCUCCGUCCACCCACUCCCCUGCUCCCCCCUCCACCGCCACUUCAUGUUCGACGGCAGCCACAACUCCCAACGAUGGCGGCUUAGGUUUCGACGAGAUUCUUGCUUACUCUUCGCCACAACCCCUAAGCAACACCCCUAGAUACGCUCCCUCAGAUAUAUCACAGAGACCCUUGAGUUCCCGCUCGGAUUGCUCGAUCAAGAAUCCUUUCAGUCUGUCAGCUGAGAACCUGUCGUCCCCCUACAGCAACGAUCCAGUGACAUUAGCCCGUCCACACAGCAUGUCCUCCUUGUCGACACCUUCGACCAUAAAUGAGCAGCAGGCCCUCCACUACUCGAUCCGCCGGUCAAGCGCUCCCACGGAUACCGCUAUGUUCUAUGAGCAACCGGCGACCCGCGGACUAUCGAUCGACUAUAACCCCUGGAUACACAACACCCUCACCCAACACUCAUUCGAACUGCCAAUGUCUUCGGGUGCGCCCACGAGCAAGACCGAGACGUCCGAGUCAUGGUGGGGUGAGACUCCCAAGGUCGAUAUCCGAAGACUGAGCAUGCUCCAGUCCCAAUCUAAUGAGGAAGAAUCUGCCUCGACGGUUGGAAGAUGCAACGAUAGUAGUUCUCGUCAUUCCCCUUACGGUAGCUUACUUUAUAUCCACCGGCCCCCUUCGCCAACCUUCGACGAUGAGGAUAGUGGCAUCUAUCCUCACAGUACGGAAUCCCCAAUCCCUUCCCCUCCCGAAUCUCCAGACUUUUAUUUCCCCUCUGCAAUGCCCACGCCAGAAAUUGGUUAUCCAUCCACUCCGUCCAUCGGUCGAAGUGGUUCACCACCUGUUACGGCGGCGGUGGCGGCGGCAGCAGCUCUGGCAGCAUCGAAACCACCGAAGCUAAAGCCAUCACGACCCGGCCCAUCCUCGCGAAGGAAAGCGAGCACAGGGUCAAUACGUUCGCAGGUAAAAUCGGGGGCCCCACCGGCCCUGUGUAUACCGGGAGACACAGAAAUGGCCUUUGUCAACUACACGCCUCAAGACAAGACACGAAUUCUUAAUGGGGUAGCGCCAAGCGGGUCUUCCAAAACUAAGGCCAGAAGAGAACGGGAAGCUACAGAAAAGAGAAGAAGACUCGCUGCUGCUGCGGCGGCGGCUGUGGAAGCUGCCGGGGGCGAUGCCUCGGUGCUGGCCAACGUUGUUUGAUGGGUUCUCCAUCCCCCCCUGUCACGCUCUUUGUUUCCCCGUUCCCUACCUUGUCCCAACUUCGUGGGCGAAUUUAGUAUUUGGUAUCAUUUCCCUCUGUCACUUCUUCCGACUCCUGACGGCAUAGUUCAUGGCGGGGUGGUAAUCUAUUACAGGAAAGGCUUUAGAUUUGCUAUUCUUUCUCUCUUCUUAUGGGAUUCCUCUACAAGGGUUUGGGUUUUCUGCACAAGAACGAAUGCUGGGGAAAAGGGUGUAUGUGGAAAAGGAAACAAUGAGCCGUAUGGGUGCUGUGGGGGACAAAUUUUUUUUCUUUUGUUUUAAUAGUAUCUGGUUCUACCUUCUCGAUAUCUUAUUAUUGUUCUGCCCACUGACUGGGAGAUACUUGUAUCUUCUCCGUUCUUGUCUUAACUCGUUUCGUCCAUUUCUAUUCUAUCCUUCUUUUGACGGUAUUAUUAGGACCAGCUUUGUUUGAUUUGUUACGGGUUCAAGGAUAGCUUUUAGGCAUUAUGUACUUUGUUUGCUCCGAUAUCAAUAAUGCGGGCGAGGUUGCGAUUU